AGGGAGGGUGAAGAAAGGCAGAGGGGAAGAGCACAUGGAGCAGAGAUAAAGGGAGAAAAAGAAGAGAAGGGAAGAGAGAAAGAAGGAAGGUCGAAGAACUGGCCCAAGCCUGUCAGCGGCCUGAGGGGAACGAGUGGUUAUGGAGGCGGCAGCAAGGAAGGGCCCGGUCAACCACUGCUGCUGUUUGGGGCUACUGAGGCCAUUGGUGCAGGGCAAAGUGAAAAAGAAGCUUUGCAGAAAGAAACAGUUAAGAAGAAGAAGAAGCCAAAAUUGCUCAACAAAUUUGAUAAAGGCAUUAAAGCUGAGCUUGAUGCUGCAGAGAAACUUCGUAAAAAGGGAAAAGCAGAAGAAGCUUUGAAGGCAUUUGAAACAUUAGUAAAAAAAUAUCCCCAAAGUCCACGAGCAAGAUAUGGAAAAGCACAGAGUGAGGAUGACUUGGCUGAGAAGAGGAGAAGCAAUGAAAUAUUGCAGCGAUCCAUCAGCACCUAUGGGGAGGUAGCUGGUCUACCCAGUGUCCCUGAUGAUCUGGUAAAACUGACACUUAAACGCCAGGCAGACAGGCAGCAGUUUCUUGGCCGUAUGAGAGGUUCACUGACUACGCUACAAAAGCUAGUUAAUCUCUUUCCUAAUGAUACUUCAUUCAAGAACAACCUUGGAGUGGGUUACCUUUUGAUUGGUGACAACAGCAAUGCUAAGAGAAUAUAUGAGGAGGUUUUGAGCCUGGCUCCUAAGGAUGGGUUUGCCAAAGUACACUAUGGCUUCAUCCUAAAGGCAGAGAACAAGAUUGCGGAAAGCAUUCCCUAUUUGAAAGAAGGUCUGGAAUCAGGAGACCCUGGCACUGAUGAUGGCCGCUUCUACUUUCAUUUGGGUGAUGCCAUGCAGCGAGUUGGAAACAAAGAGAACAGAAACAGUAGGAUUGUGCCAGCUAACCCCAUCCUGACCUCCAUGCAUCAGGGCGCAAAGGCAUACAAAUGGUAUGAACUUGGACACCAACGGGGUCACUUUGCAUCUGUCUGGCAACGCUCUCUGUACAAUGUCAAGGGUCUGAAGGCUCAACCAUGGUGGACUGCAAAGGAAACUGGUUAUACAGAACUAGUCAAGUCCAUAGAAAGAAACUGGAAGGUGCUUCGAGAUGAAGGGCUUGCUGUAAUGGAUCGAGGAAAGGGGCUCUUUCUUCCCGAAGAUGAGAACUUGCGGGAGAAAGGUGACUGGAGCCAGUUUACUCUGUGGCAGCAAGGAAGAAAAAAUGAAAAUGCCUGUAGGAGUGUUCCCAAAACGUGUGAGUUGUUGGAACGAUUCCCAGAGGCCACUGGAUGCAGAAGAGGCCAGAUCAAGUAUUCUGUCAUGCAUCCAGGGACUCAUGUCUGGCCUCACACAGGACCUACUAACUGUAGACUGAGGAUGCAUUUAGGCUUGGUGAUUCCAAAAAAGGGCUGCAGGAUUCGGUGUGCCCAAGAUACCAGGAGCUGGGAAGAAGGGAAAGUUCUCAUCUUCGAUGACUCCUUUGAACAUGAAGUGUGGCAGGAUGCUGAUGAUUAUCGCUUGAUAUUCAUAGUGGAUGUCUGGCAUCCAGAAUUAACACCACAACAGCGACGCACACUUCCUGCCAUUUAAGGGCAGUAUUUCCAGGGUGCCUCAUGCCUUCUCUCUUAGAAGACCACAUUAUGUGUUGGGAAAUGGUGGCCAUGUCUGAGAACAAAAAAACUGAACCACAUGACAUGUCUGUGUAUAGACAUUAAGGAUUCCUAUUCUGAGUAUUAUAUCAUAACAGCACUGAUUUGAUAGCUCUGUAUUCAUGCUGCAAGAACAGAUACCCUAUUCUUUAUCAGCCAAAGAAUGUCCCGUGCCAUAUUUCAAAGUAAGACUUAUGCCAGUGUUUCCUUAUGCCUGUGUUAUGUGUAGCAGUGCUGAGCAUGCACUUGAUGUAUGAGUUACUUAACUGUUAAAGCUUAUGUGCAGACAUAAGGGGGACAGUUUUCCAGACACUGUUAAUGUGCAAUUUUUAUUCAUUUAAUGGAGGCUUGUGCUGCAGUAAUACUUGGUGGGUUACCUCCUAGUAAUCCACCCAAGUUAGGAGACUCAGAAAUACUUAACGCACAGACAUCUUGGAAAUUUGUCACAUUAUGUGUAGUAACUCAUUUAGAUCUAAAUCAACAAAUCUGUAGUGUGAGCUGUAGAUAAUGUAAACGGAUGGUUAUAUAUUAUUUUUAUAGAUAAUUGUAUUUUUGUAUUGCAUAUGUAUGGAUACACUUUUUGCUCUUUAGGAACCACUUUGUUUUGUAACUUCCUUUGAAACACUUUUGUAAGACAGCAACAGACAUAUGUUUAGCUGUAAUGACGCCUUAUACAAUCAGCUCUUCAUUUUGCGAAGUUUGUCUUUCUCCUUCCAGAUAGAAAGACUAAUGAACAUUUGCCUUUGUUCAGUUCCUGGUUAAACAUGUUAGUAACUCAAAUUUGAUAUCUGCAUAUUUCUGUUAUAGAAAGCUCUUUUAAAGCCUUUCUAUUGCAUGAAGCCUUCCACGAAUGGGAGUUGCACAAUGGGAGUUUCACAAACGCCUCCACAGCCCACUUAACAUGUCCCUUUGGUGCCAUAUCUAGGCACUCCUACUAGGGGCUGCUGCUAGAUUAACUUAGAAACACACGCUGCAGGGCAAAAGUAGAUACCUUGAGGCACAGUAGAACAAACUCUGAUUUGGUCUGUGCAACUAUAGUGCAGUAUGGCCUUUAUAUUCCCAGCUGUGGCACAUUCAUAUAUUACAUGGAGGCAUGGUAAAGAAAACAUAAGCCAUGAAACUGAACUUUUUGUAUGGCAGCCACAUGGUUGUCAUGCAGUUGCACCAAUUUCAACUAUGUCAGUUAAUCCACCUGAAAAAGUCAGAGGGAACCGACAGCCAAAUCAUAGAGAAUGAAAACGGGGUGAGGCUUUUGUUCACUUUGUGAGUGCCUAACUCUCUGCCUGCACCCUUGAUAUAUAUUGCCCAGGCACACAUUACAGUUUCCACUUUUAAUUCGUGGAAUGAGGUGAAGUGGAUGGGACCAGGCAUCCAAGCAGCUUUGUUUAGACUUUCUACAUGAUGACUGAUAAUGCAGCUUCCACCUCUGAGUGCUUCACUAUUCAUAACAAAAAUGUAUGAUUGUUGUUAUUUCAUGCACAGCAAUAUACCAAAACAUAAAUCAAAUCGAUUUUGUAGAACAGUCCAUUUGAUAUAUUUAGAAAUGAUGCUUUGAGAAACUAUCAAGUUGAUGAGAGGAAAACUGCUUGCUUUCCUGAAUAAUAUUUUUUUAAUAUUAUAAAGUAUGGUCAGAUUGUAAGAUUGAAUCCAGAAACCUUCUUUAGUUGCUUUACGUGGAAAGGAUUCCUCUGUAAAAAAAUAGUUGCCUUAAACUUUCAAAGUGCAAAUUUAAGACCUAAGAUAAAAAUGUAUACAGGUGUGAGUUGCUGCAUUUGGGAAACCACAGGCUCCAUGUUCCUGUAGUACUGAUUAUUUUGCCAUUGUUCUGCACUGCUUUCUCUAAAUUUUGCCCCCAAAUCGGUACCUCAUGUAGCCAAAUUAUGUGACUAGAAAAUAGAAUAAAGGAGACUACUCUAAAUGUGCACCUACAAGUAUAGUGUUACCCAUUAUGUGCUGUGUAUAUUGUAUUAAACUCAAGUGCCUUCA